GUUCCUACAUCAAGUGUCAUGACAACGCCAUCUCCAGGACAGAAAUGUGGAGAUAAAUUUUGUGCGACCAAUGCAGAAUGUAUUGAUAACAGGAUAUGCACAUGCCUAAAUGGAUUUUUCGGAAUAGGGGAUAUACAAUGCACAAAAAUAUGUUCCUGUGGUAGAAGCAGUCCAAACAUAUUCAAAACAUUUGACGGAAAAAUAAUCAACUUUUCUGGAAAAUGUCGAUAUCUGUUAUCUUCAUUCUCAGACACGUCUCCUAGAGGAACAUGCUCGUAUUCUGUAGAUGUCAUGAACAAAGGAACAGGAGAUACUUAUAUCAUUGUAAAUGUUUUAGACAUGGACAUUAGAUUCCUUAAAAACAAGAUUGUCAAGAUCAAUGGGCAACCUCGCACUCUUCCAGCAGGGGGUUCUAAGUUUAUCAUCUACAAUGCAGGGUUUGAAAUUCGUCUUUAUGUUCCAAGUUGUGGUAUAUUAAUCGGCUGGGAUGGAACAUCUAAUGUUGUGAUAUCCGUUCCAACAUUCUUCAGUAGCGGUCUUGAUGGCAUAUGUGGAAACUGCAAUGGUGACAGACGAGAUGAUCCUACAAAUGUUGAUGUGUAUUCAAAAUACGCAACAAUGAAGGGCUCAAAUACAAGAUGCAAAAAUACAUUCACUACGACCAAGUGUAACAGACGAUCGCAGCUCCUGAUGAGAAUGAAAGUUUGCAAAUUUUAUGAUGGGACAAUCAAAUCUCGAUGCAAUCUGACAUCGAAAGAAAAUGCAGCGUUCAAAGAAGCUUGUAUAAAUAGUGGUUGCAACUUCAUGGGAUUAAAUCAGAAUGAAGGAAUAAAAGCCGGCUGCAAUACCUUAGAUUUAUUUUCUAGCAUGUGUAGAGCUAAAGGUCACAAUGUUAAUUGGAGGAUUUUCCCGCUAAAUGAUUGCAGGAGACCUACGUGUAAUUCCCACUUAAAUAUGGAAACUAACUUUGGUAAAGGAAUUCCUGGUUGCCCGCACACUUGUGGUUUCACCUUUAAAGGUAAUUGCACCCUACCGUUUGCCGAGGGCUGCAAAUGUAAGGCAGGAUAUCUCUGGGAUGGAAACAAAUGCGUGAAGCCGAGUAAUUGUGGUUGUACGACUCCAGAAGGAGAUUAUAUAAGUAUUGGAAAAACACUGACAACUAAUGAUUGCUCCAUGGUGUACAAGUGUGAGAAAGUGAAUGGAAAAGCAACGUUACAAUCCGAGCAAGGUCCUUGUGUCAAUACUAAUUGCAUUUUUAGGAAUGAUCAACCUAAGUGUACAGAUUGCAAGCAGGGUUAUAAGAAAACGUCAACUGGAUGUAUACCAAUAGCUACCCCGCUUCCAAGUUCACCUGCAACCCAGACGCAAUUAUUUGCUUCACCAGAAGCAGUGACCACAAAAGGACCCGUGAAAAUCACCACUCCCGAGAGACCAAUGACCUUUACCAUGGAAGUUACCACGUUACCCAGUACACCAGUAACUCAUACAACAUCAACGGAAGUAACAACAAAACAGUACGAGAGAACCACACCACGUGAAAGGCUCGAAACAUCGACAAUAGAGGUAGCUAGUCCUCUUCCUAGUUUACCGGAAAUCCAGACCCAAGGAUAUGCUCCACCACAAGUGACAACAAAAGGACCCGAACAAGUCACAACUCCUGAAAGAAUGAUGACUUUUACCAUGAAAGUUACAACGUUGCCCAUUGCAUCGGAAACCAAAACAUCAACGGAAGCAACAACAACACUGUACGAUAAAACCACAACCCAUGAAAGAGAUGAGACAUCAACAAUCGAAGGCAAAUGCAUCGAUAGCAAAUGCCCAACAUUUGCUAGUUGUUUAGAAAAUGUAUGUACUUGCAAUCCAGGCUUUGUCAACAUUUCUGGUGAAUGUAAAGAAAAAUGUAAAGACUGUCCCUUGAAUUCUCACUGCGUUGAAAAUAAAUGCACAUGUAAGACAGGCUUUGUGAACGUUUCCGGGACCUGCAUAGUGAAAUGUCUUGAUAGAAAUUGUCAGACAAAUGCUAGAUGUGUCAGCAAUAAAUGUGCUUGUAAAUUUGGAUUUGUGGACUUAUCUGGAUUUUGUGAAGUAAAAUGUAACGACGGCAACUGUUCAUCGAAUGCACAUUGUGUCAACAACAAAUGUACGUGUAUGUCUGGAUUUGUGAACGUUUCUGGAGUAUGCGAAGUUAAAUGUGAGGAUAGAAAAUGCCAAUCAAAUGCUCUUUGUAAGGGAAAUAAAUGUGUUUGUGCAAAUGGAUACAUAGAAAACAAAGGCAUUUGUGAAGUUAAAUGUACAGAUAGCGAAUGUCCUUUACAUUCUGCUUGUGUUGAUAACAAAUGCAAAUGCAUGGAAGGAUUUGUAGACGUAAAUGGCAUUUGUGAAGUGAAAUGUGUGGACAGUGAAUGCCAAGCCAACGCCGUAUGUCGUCAUAACAAAUGUACCUGUAAAAUUGGCUUUGUUGAAAUAGAUGGCAGUUGUGAAAAAAAAUGUCACUCCUUCAACUGCCCACGAUUUGCAUCGUGUGUCAAUAAUAAAUGCGCAUGUAAUAGAGGAUACGUCAUGAUUGGUGAAAGAUGUGAAGUGAAAUGUGACGUAUCCAAAUGCGCGCGAAAUGCGAUAUGUCGAAAUAACAAAUGUCAGUGUAAGAGUGGCUACAUCGGAAACGGCGUCACGAAGUGUCAGGAGAGUUGUGGCGGAAAGGUGUGCGGAAAGAAUGCAAGAUGCACGAAUUACGGUAGAAGAAAGAAAUGUAAAUGUAUAAGUGGAUUCUACGGAGAUGGCAUUACCUGUACCGAUACAUGUGGUGGAAAGAAAUGUCAUAUGUAUGCCAGAUGUAAAAACAAUAAAUGUGUUUGCAGUAUGGGAACAUACGGAUCAGGAGAAACUUGUAAAUUACUCUGUGGGUGGAAACGGCUUCGAUGUGGUGACAAUGCCAGUUGUUACCGUGGAAAGUGCAAGUGUGACGGCGGGUUUGAAGGAGACGGCAUCGUUUGUAAAAAACUCUGUACCUGUUCUAUCACAAGUCACAAUUGGUACAACUUGUAUGACGGUAACUUUUUAAGAUUUGCCGGAACUUGUAAAUAUACCUUGUCACGACACAUCAACCCGAAGUCAGAUUGUCAGUACAACGCGGAAAUCAAGUACAAGAAGACAGACUCGCCUAAAAGAGGCUCAGCGUUAGAGUUCAUGGAAAUAACAGCUUUUGGCAAAAAGAUACACUUGGGUAGAAAUUUGGAAGUAAUGGUUGAUGACCUACAGAUCUACCUCCCCUAUACAUCCACCUCCAUCAUAAUCCACUACAGCGGUCUUGGCGUGAUGGUGCUCUUCAACCAAUGUAGCAUUAGGUUGUUCUGGAAUGGGAGAGGGUUGGUUACUCUCUCCGUUCCUCUGGACUUUGGAAGCUCCUUGACUGGUAUAUGUGGUAAUUGCAACGCUAAGAGAGAUGACCUGAAAACCAGCGAAGGUAAAGAUGUAUCCAACUACGGAAAGAAGGCUGGGGCGUUUGUAGGAAAGAGCCAUCUUGUUGUUGAAUCUAACAAUAACCAAACAUGUGAAUCUCUGGAAUCUCCGAGUUCAUGCUGGAACCUACAGAACUCGUACUCCUUUAGAAAAUGUGGUUUAUUGAAUAAAAAGUACAGAUAUUCACCUUUCAAGACAUGUAUGGAGGCGUUCCCUGAACUUGCAGACAGAGCGUAUGAAGCUUGUAGAAAGGAUUAUUGUUCUACGCCCAUAGACUCUGAGGCAACUCUCUGCAGGCAUCUGGAGGGUUUCGCCGAUUUAUGCGCAAAGAGGGGUAAAAUAUUGUAUUGGAGAUACCGUGUACCAUCGUGCAAAAAGAGUCUUAAAUGCGGAAAGAAUAAGUUUUAUUGGUGGUCAGCACCCGCCUGUCCCAACAUGUGCACGGAUCCAAAUGCAGAAAAAACAUGCGGCCUUCCAAAGACAGAAAGCUGUCGCUGCAAGCAUGGAUUCGUUCUGAGUGGAGAUAAAUGUGUUAAGCAAAACGAUUGUGGUUGUUCUCGAGGACCAAAUUAUUAUCCGCUUGAGUCAUCAUACGCUAAACCUGAUUGUUCUGGAACUGAAACAUGUCGAAAGUUGCCGAAACAGAAACAGCCCAAGAUGGUAAAGGGUAAAAAGCAGAGAUGUCACGCAGAAGCCAGCUGUGAUGUCACACACGGUGUGCCCGAAUGCACAUGUAAUAUAGGAUUUACUGGCGACGGUGUGAAGAACUGUAAACCGGCUACAUCAUGCAGUAUAACAGAGAACGUCAAAAACUGUAGUGCUACCAUUGAGUUGGCCGGCGAAUGUUUCUACAAAUCCAAGCACACCAAGGCCUGUCGUUACACCGCUCUCAGCGUCACAGACGGAAAAAAGCAUCGCGCUUACGUCAAAUUUAAGGGGCAGGGUAAAAGUAGUUCGCUAUCGGAAGGACGGACGUCUCUGGGCUGUGCAGAUUUUACAUUUACGGGAGAUCGAGUAGUUAUAGAAGAAAUAAUAUGUGAUUGUCCUGGACAUUGAUAAA